GACUUACCCAACACAGGUUGGUCGUGUGCUAGUCAAUAGCGGCAUGCAUCUGCCUGGGUGUUGUCUAGUAGUACUAUCUACACUUAUGUACAUGCUAGCACUCCUAACGACCGGGUGGUACAGACCAUGGCCAGCCACACACUCUUUCACCCACGCGCCCGGAGACUACAUACCUAUCUACAGCUACACAGUUGGUGAGGGAGUACUCCUCGGUACUGUGUGUAUUUCCAAUCAGAGUUCCAUCCGGAUGGGCAUGGGAAUGGACGACUCCACCCAAAAAAAAAAACAACAUGGCAUGGCAUUCAUACCGGCGAUUCCCACCCGGCGAUCCAGUUCGAGCACAGACGUUGGAAGCCCAUCUGCCACGCUUUUCCUUUUCCCGCGCCCUCUGCAGCCGGCGGAGGGUCAGGUAAGCAAGGGUGAUCGGAGAAGAAGCCCGGCUAUCAGACCCAGAUUGCUCAUACUGCCCUUCCCGGUGAGGAUAUGAUACCCAUCAAUAUUAUUUCUUAUCCUCUGUCUUUCUGUCGCGUGUCGCUUCAGGUUUCUUUCUCUUCUUUUCUUUUCUUUUUUUCUAUUUUUCCCUCGCUGUCUGGGGGUCACCUGACGCUGGCGGGAUCAGUAACUAGACAAGGCAGCCCUCC